CGCAUUGAAGUUGAAAAUUGUGGCCACGCUGAGUCAGCCGCAGAGGGUGCUGCACUUGGUAUAUGGGCGUAUCAAGAAUUGAAGGAGUCUAAGCGCCGUAUUGCCAUUCCUUCCAUUGAUUUGUACACGCACAAGGACGAGAUAUGCGACAUUGAAGGUUGGCGUAUUGGGCUGCAAAAGGCGGCCGCUCAAAAUUUAACGCGCCAGUUACAGGAAAUGCCCUCGAACUUGUUGACGCCCACAGCAUUUGCACAAACCGUAGUCGAGGUUCUAUGUAAGUCGGGUGUGAAUGUGGAGGUGAAGGUUGAGGGCUGGGCAGAGUCGCAAUCAAUGCACGCAUUCUUGUCGGUGGGCAAGGCCUCUUGUGAGCCGCCGAUAUUUUUGGAGCUGAGCUACUAUGGUACUUCAGCUGAAGAGCGACCAAUCGUACUGGUGGGACAAGGUAUUACCUACGAUUGUGGUGGACUUUGCUUGAAGCAGAUACAGGAAUUAUACCAUAUGCGAGGCGACAUGACAGGAGCGGCGGUGGUAGUAGCUGCCUGUAGGGCCAUUGCCGGAUUGCGUUUACCGGUGAAUAUUCGGGGUUUGAUUCCGUUGUGCGAAAAUGUUAUUGGCUGCAACUCCUUCCGACCCGGCGACUGCACAAAAGCCAUGAAUGGAAAGGUUAUCGAAAUUCAGGGCACAGAUCACGAGGAUGUGCUGGUGCUGGCCGAUGCGCUUCUGUACGCCCAAAAUUUCUGCCCCAAAUUCAUCGUGGACAUAGGCACACCCUCGGGGCAGAUGCGACAAGCUCUGGAUGAGGCUGCGUGCGGCAUCUUCACUAACUCGGAAAUUCUUUGGCAGCAGAUCAAACACGCCAGCAUGCACACCGGUGACCGGGUAUGGCGCCUGCCAUUGUGGAACUACUACACCAAACUAGUGACGAGCAGUAAUGCAACCGAUGUGCAAAAUUACGGGAUCGGACGCGGGGGUCGUCCGUGCAAGGCGGCCGCGUUUUUGCGAGAAUUUGUCCCUUGUGGACAAUGGAUGCAUAUUGACGCUACUAACGUUAUGGUGACCGACGGUGAGGCCUUCGAAUACAUUCGCAAAGGCAUGGCCGGGCGACCAACUCGCACUUUGAUUGAGUUUAUUGCUCAAACCAUAUGUAAGGACACAGCCCCAAAAUUGAAUCCCAAGAAGUAGACGAAGAUGACACGAUGACUAAGGCGACGAAGACGACCUGAGUAAGGACUGGGCGAUGUUUGAGUUUUUUUCCAAAAAUUUAUUUGUGAUCGUAC